AUGACCUCGACCGUAUCCACUUUGACGACCGAGGGCAAGAGCAUGUUCCACUCGCGGGUGCACAUUGAGGCGGGUGACCUCGUUAUCCUCUUUAUGUCCCGCGACAACAUGACCGCUAUCACCGUCACGCCCGGCGCUUCCUUCCACAACAAGUUCGGCAUGUACAAGCACGACGACAUGAUUGGAAUGAAGUACGGAUCAAAGUCGGGCUACCUCCACCUCCUGCGACCGACACCAGAGCUGUGGACGCUCUCGCUCCCGCACAGGACACAGAUCCUGUACAUGCCGGACAUUGCGUACAUAACGAUGCGGCUAGGUGUGCGUGUCGGUGGACGCGUGAUUGAGGCGGGCACGGGAUCCGGAUCCAUGACGCAUUCGCUCUCCCGCGCCGUCGGACCAUCAGGCCACGUCCACAGCUUUGAGUACCACAAGGCGCGCUUCGAGAAGGCUGGGGAGGAGUUCGAGUCGCACGGAUUGAAGAAUGUUGAGCUGCAGCACCGGAACGUGUGCAAGGAUGGGUUCGGCGACGUCGAGAAUGUCGAGGCUAUCUUCCUCGACCUACCCGCGCCGUGGGAGGCGAUCCCCUUCGCAGUCAAGAACUUGAACCCCCUGCAUCGAGCAGGUGCUCAAGACGGCCACGACACUCCGCGAGGAGGGAUUCACGGGGAGGAGUUCGAGUCGCACGGAUUGAAGAAUGUUGAGCUGCAGCACCGGAACGUGUGCAAGGAUGGGUUCGGCGACGUCGAGAAUGUCGAGGCUAUCUUCCUCGACCUACCCGCGCCGUGGGAGGCGAUCCCCUUCGCAGUCAAGAACUUGAACCCCCUGCAUCGAGCAGGUGCUCAAGACGGCCACGACACUCCGCGAGGAGGGAUUCACGGGUACGUCGAGUUCUUCCCCCGCCCCCCCUCCAUCCUCCGCCUCACCAUUACUAACUAUGCAGACGUCUCGACGGUCGAAGUCCUGACGCGCACGUACGACCUGGCAGCUGCGCCGCCGCCUCACUCGCACGCGCUCCAGGACGUGUCCUCGAUUGCGGACAAGCUUCGCGACCACGAGCGGCGGAAGGAGGAGCGGCGCGUGAUCCAGAUGAAGAACGCGAGGGCCAAGGCGCGCGCCAUGAAGGAGAAGGCGGAGCGCGAAGCUGCCGGCGUCCCCGAGCCUGCCGCCGAGGAGGGCAAGAUGGACGUCUCGGAGGAGGACGCGAUCAACGCUGCCGCUGCCGCCGGGGAGAAGCGCAAGGACGAAGGCGAGGGUGAGGCGGCGGGUCCGUCCAAGAAGCCAAAAUACGCCGAGACGGCGGCGGAGGAAGCGGGCGGAGAUGACGCUGAGGACGGAGCGAAGAUUGGCCAGGCUGUUCAGGGCGAGACUGAGCCUGAUGCCGCUGAGCCUGGUGCGGAGAGUGCGGCGAGCGCGGCCGGGACGAAAGAGGAAGCAGCCACCCCUGCCAAGCCCGUCUCCGGCGAGCCUGACGUCGCCUGGUCGCGCAUGACUCUGACCAAGCCCUCGCCCGAGAUGCGCGGCCACACCUCGUAUCUGACCUUUGCGACGCUGUACCCGGCCGCUAUCCGGGCCGAGAUGGCCAACGAGAUGGAGCAUGUAAAAGCUUAA